CCCUCAUACAAGCAAUGAUGGGGGUAUGGCGGGUGGGCGCGGGUGUAUGGCUCAUGCUCGACCUCUGCGUUGGGUUCACCAUGAGACCGACCAUGCUGCCUCGUGCGUAUCAGAGAGCCGUCGACGGGAUCAGCAGAAGUCGCGGGGUGCAAUCUUUGAUGGGCCAAGCGAGUCAGAGCGCUACGAAGGGAACACAAGUAUGGAACGGGAUCGGCGAGCUGGCCAACAGAUACGAUGCCUUCCUGAUAGACCAGUGGGGAGUUAUGCAUGAUGGCAAAAAAGCCUAUGGAGGAGCAGUCGAAUGCAUGAAGCAAUUGCAAGAAAUGGGCAAGAAAAUUUUUCUGCUGUCGAACUCUUCCAGGAGGAAGGGGAAUUCUCUCAACAAGAUUGAUGGGAUGGGUUUCCAUAGUGCUUCAAUCCUAGACCUGAUCACCAGUGGAGAAGUGGGAUGGCAAUGUCUCUCUCAGCGUCCAGCGGGCACACCAUUCGAGAGUCUUGGGAACAAAGUUUUCGUUUUCGGGAAUGGAGAAGAGGACGAACAGUAUGUUACAUCAGCAGGCUUGGAAUUCGCAGACAUUGAAGAUGCUGACUUCGUACUCGCUCGAGGGCUCUUCACCAUGCAUGGACUUUCGGAGGUGUUGCAACGGGAGGGUCCUAACAAAUAUGAAGCAUGGGACAUGGAGGCAAGAAGCUGCCUGCAGUUGCCUAUGGUCGUGACAAAUCCUGAUUUUGUCCGUCCCGAUGGCAAAGAUUCUCCUAUGCCAGGAAAGCUGGCAGCGAUGUACGAGAGUAUGCUAAUGGCUCAGCUGUGUGGAGAGAGGAAAGUGACUUAUGUCGGGAAACCACACUCCCUCGUGUAUGAACAGGCUUUUCAAAGGCUCAAAGAAGUAUCAGGGGAUGUCGACAGAUCUCGGGUGUGUGCUAUUGGAGAUUCUAUCCUCCAUGACAUCGCUGGAGCUCAUCGGACAGGGAUAGAUUCGAUCUUUAUCGCAGAUGGGAUUCAUGCAGAAUUCCUAGGACUGCAACAAGGCAAACCAGGGCAGAGCCUAGAACAAGUUGAUAUAGAACACUUAUCAAGGGAACUGUCGGCCCUUCCUCCUACACAUGCAGUGCCUCAUUUUCAAUGGUGA